AUGGAUCAUCCCAUCAAUGAAAUGGAAUUGAGCAGUGAUUCGUCAGACUACAAUCAUCAAAACAUAGAGAAGAGCACACUACGCAGAUUAGUGCGCGAAAAGAAGGAGCGCGAUAGGCAUGAAAUGGCGAAAGAACUGGAGGACAUAAAGAAGAAACUCGAAAAACAGUACGAUCCAGAGCUGGACAAGAGAAAGGAGUUUAUUGAACGAAAGCUCAGGCCGAAAUUCGUUGAAACAAGCACAAACACGAUCAACAACGCGGUCGAAGAGCAAAACAAUGACGAUAAUUUUGCAGAGUGUCUGUUAUUCUUGGGCAAUGAUCCUACCAUUGAAAAUUUCAUAGAAUUUGUUGAGAACACGAAGAACGUAAAUCUUGAACAAUUUGAUGAAUUUUUGCUUCUGAACUUGGCAGAGAACAUCAAAGAGGGCCUGAACGAGGCAGGGCUCGUCAUUUCAACCCUUUCGUUGUAUUUCAAGUAUCUCAAACAGGGCGGCGUAUCUCUUCUCAGGAAGUUGAGCGAGUCCUUGAAGGACGAGAGCAAAAAAAGAAUUUUUGAUGACGAGUGCAGGAAGUACUACGAAGACUCGAAGCAGGCACUUCUCAGUCUCAAGGACACGCGUGGCGAACUGAGAUGAUAAGCUGUCGUUAAAUAAAUAUUUGUUCGUUGAGUUUUGCC